AUGCCAAGGACGAUCCAGGGAUGGCAAAGUUACGGUUCUGAAUCCAGUCUACCGAUCAGCUUGACAUCUGAGGCCACAUCUGCAGGCAAUCGUCUAGACAAGUUCUCUUCAAGUCACUUAUCUAGUAGUGUAGACCUGAGAUUCUUAGAUCUAGGCGAAGACGGCCCAAUUGCCAAAGUUGGACAAGAAGAAGUCGCGUCUGAGAAUAAUGUGGGUCAAGCCGUGGUGGCCCCUAUAUUUAUUGACCUCGCCAGCUCCCUACAUUCAUAUCAAAGUCCGCAGCCAAUCGAGAUCACAGCCUCAUUGUUGCGUAAAAUUUUCAAGUUUCAUGACGUCGAUCUUGAUUUUCUUGACGUCCUGUUUUCGUUUGGUAGAUCACCAAAUCAGACAGAAAGUGGAGCCUCAAAUUGGACAAGUAAGGCGGAGGGCAAUGGGUCGCGAAAAUUGUCAUAUCAAUUAAAAUAUGUCGAGCCAAAUCCACUGCCUGGAAAACACACCUUUUCUCCUCGACAGACUGGCAUUUAUCAUCAUUCCUGCAAGGCAGAAGGCUUCGAUUUGUUGAUCUUGUUGCAUCCAAGGGAAGAAACUCUACUUGAACAGCAGAUCCUCAAGAUGGUGCAGGACAAACAAGCAGCGAAGAAGCUUGUAGACUACCCAAUGAGGGUGCAUCUGCUUGCAUAUGAGCUCUAUAUUGGCAACUGGCGUUGGUAUUUGCGAGAUCUUGGCGAAGAAUUAGAUCGCAAGGUACCGACCGAGUCCCAUCCACGAUACACUGCUUCUUUGCCACUGACCUCUCCUCAGAACGACAAGAUAAUGAUAGUAGACCUGGAUACGCCCGCAGCUGUGAGCUUGAAUCUCGAGAAGGUGCAAGCCCUUCGCAACCUAGGGGACAAGACGCUCACCUUGAAUGGUCAUUGCACCAGCGCAAAGACUGUUCUAGAGAAAUUGAAAGUAAUUCCGAACAAUGGUUUUACAGAUGGCUGGGAUGCCGAGCCGUAUGUAAAUCGUCUAGCUGGGUACAUCGACUGCAUCCCAGCAUUGACAUCACGUGUCCAGAAUUCGAUCGAAUUGCAUGCAUAUGCUCUCGAUUUGAAAAACCAAUUCACUGCAGCAGACAUUAAUCAGCAAGUUGAGAACAUCGCGGAGGAUACGAAGCGAGAUACUACCUCGGUGAAAUGGAUCACAUACCUCACAUUAAUAUAUCUCCCGUGGAGUUUUACGGCAACAUUGUACGGAAUGAACGUCUUUUGGUUCAAUCAGAGUACCAGACGUCUGGCCGUUUCUCAAGAUAUUUGGAUUUGGGUUGCAACAGCUGUGCCCUUGACCGUCCUGACAAUCGGGUGCUACCGCGUCAUGAACACAUAUAUCAAGGCCAAGCCUCAUAACGAUAAGCUUUUUGCUCAGGCCAAUGUUGAAAAAUCGAUGAGCGGCCCUUGA